AUGCACCUCGAUUCGGAUGAUGCUCGGAGUGCACUUCGUCGCCGUCUGCGCAACGUUAUGCGUGUCAUUGAUGAGACGCUCUUGCUACAUGGCCGUUACGCGAGCCUGAGCUUCCUCUGUGGGUCUGCAAACGACGCUAUGGAGGCCAGUGGCACCUUCUCUCCCGUUCCUCAUGCGUCCGUAGAGGCGGGGUCUUUUUUGGAGCAGCAGCGGCGCGAAUUACGAGCAGAACGUGAGGAUGCGCAGCGACGUUUAGCAAUUUUGAAGCGUGCGCGUGAACGACGGGGAAAGCGUUUGGAUGUCAAAUCCGAUAGAUUAGAUACCUCAGGUCCAUUGACCCUCCCCUCGCACUCUGGCGAGUUGGAUUCUCAGCCGCAACCCCAACCCUCGUUGACGCCGGCGUCGUUGUCCACGCCGGCCGCACUCGACAUUGGGGUGAAUCGAGAACGCCGGGAACGGGAAGGGGAAAUGAGGCGCUCGCCACCUCGAGGAGCGGAGACGCACGUGGCGGUGAUGGAGGAGACGCUUCGUACACAUCUUAGCGAGCGUCGUGCAGAGGAAGAAAGCUGGUUGAAGGAGUUGCGUACAGUGCGCCGCUCGGCGAUGGCCGCCCGUCAAAAGGCACUCGCCGAAGCGCAAGCGCAGAUUAAGAGAACGGAGUCGGAGCGCGUCGCCAAGUUAAUUCAAAUUGAAAGUGACAUGAAACGCGCUGUGGCGGAGACUCAACAGCUCUGCGUCCUCACUGAGGAGGAAGUUAGAGCAAUUGAGGUGCACGAGGAAGCGCUUGCGGUACUCCGCGCAUGCACGGGCAUUAAAGCCGAGAACAAAUCGCCCGUUCGUCCCCCUCCUCCUCUUCCCCCUCCAGUUGUUGCCUUAUUGGCCUCAAGUGAUGUUUCAUCACCAUCGAACGGGGGCGCGUCGCCCAAAAAGAUUCGUUCUCCAUCUGUGGAUAGAGAUUCUUUUGCUUCUUUGUCUUCAACACCUUUGCGGGCAAAUUUGUUAGCAUCACCUGUAGAGCCUGUGGGAACUUCUCCCCCACCUCCAUGUAAUUCUCGCAACACGGUUGCUUCGUCCAGCAAAAUUGACAUUUCUGGCAAUUUGUCAGUUGCUGCGGAAGGAAUACCAGAGAACCGAAUAUCUUCUUCUUUGUUCCCGGUUUCACAUUCAAAGAUUUCUUCCCCUCUGACAUUUAACAAUGGGAAGAAGGAAUUGCCACGCACUUGUGCUCUUACCAGAUUAUCACGGGCACGUCCUCUUCUUUCCCCGAGCGUUACUUUGUCGCCGACAAAGCAGCUCUCUUUAGACCCUCCGGUAAAUUCACUUUUACCUUCACAGGCUUUGGCUGUACUGCACAAGAGAGGCAUUUUGGCAGACGUUCUCCCAAGUGAAGGGAGGAAGAUACCCGCCCUGGUGCAACUUUCGAAGGACCGACGGGAAGUCCUUCUUUUGGUGGAGCGAAUUAUACGGGAUUUAAACGGUUUGGCUAGGAAAUCCUCUGGACGUGAAUUCCAAGCAUCCGUAACGUCGAUGCCAUCACACGAUAAGCAGGGGGUACAGCAAUUUCAGACGGAGAUGGGACCGACACAAAAGAAGCAACAACAACAACAACAACAACUGGAAAACAGAGAAGUCGACAGAGGCUCGACGCGUCGUGUACGGGAAAUACAUCAUUUUUCGCUUAUGGAUGGUCUUUUGUUGUAUCCUCUUGGGACAAUUGGUAGUGGCUCCACCGGGAAUAUAAGCUGUAUCUUGUGUGGUGCUCACGCACGGCAAUUGCUGAUGGAAUUUUCUUGUACGCUUUUUGCUCAUGAUGACGCUUCCUCUUACUGUAUCUUUUUCAUAUCUCAGAACCCGCCGCACCACACGAACGGAGCUCUCGGUUUGCCACUGUCGCAUCGACGACGUCCAAUUGAUCCCAAUGGCGCAGCUGUUUUGGUGCUGCGGUUUCGUUGCCGGCGGGACUGGAUUGCGUUCCUCAUUGCGGUUACUGACGCGACAAUGCAGUUGCGGCAGACUCCACCCUUAUCGUACGGACGUGCACUGUGGAUGCUCGCGGCACGGCUGUGGCUGAAGCACCGUAGUGACUUUUUCGUAUCGCCACCGACAAAACACCAUAAGAUUUCACCGUUUUCAGCUCUUUCUUUCCCCCCCGCGCUUAAAGGAAAAAGCGUGUCGAGUGCAGGUGCCGCAUCUGGGGCUCGCGAACGAGGCAAGAGCCUGCGGACCGCUUCUGGACGUUUCGCAGUGCCUCUUUCCUGUGAUAGUUAUGAUACCAAUGGGAAUGUCAAUGAAAUCGGCCACGUUGGUGGCAAUAAAUUUUUUAGAGGCGAUGGUGUGUUGCAAAAUGUGCAUAGUCAUCGGUUUGGUGUGCGGCCUGUAGCGGGUUCGAACGGGUCUUUUUCCCGACAUUGCAGUGUGUCAGCUACUUGUAUGGAUGGCGGCUAUUGA